UUGUUUACCCUAACACGUCACACUCAGUAGCAUGGUAUAAGAGCUUAAUGGUAGGGACACUCCUAUCCCUGAAAAGUGUCGUCGUUUUCAGGAAUGUAGUUGGCGCUGCUAAACAACGUAGUCGAGAUUGUUAGGGAGAAAAUAGCUUAGUCUUCCAACCAACACUUCAAUUCCAUCUUCAACAUGAAUGUUUUCAAAACUAUGUUCGUGAUCUGCGCUGUGCUCGGUGUGUCUGCCUCCUGCUCAAACUCGUACACGUCGCAAUCUUCCCCUGGCCAGGGAUUGCAGGCUGAUGAGAACAGCGCUGGUCACGGCGGAAUGACCAGUGAAAUGUCAUCAUUCGCCAGCCAAAUUCAACAAGCAAUGACGAACAGCCAAUUGUUAUCAGCUGACCAGCCGGAAGCAAGUCCAGUCGUUGGACAACAGAGACCUGGAGCCAUGUUUGCUCCUGCUGCUCCAACAACUACUCAAUAUCUGUGUUCUUGCAUCACCAUUAACCCAGUAGCAUCAGUUCAUCAUGCCCCAGCAUCGACCGAUUCGUUUAACUCCGGCGAAGCUUCCGCUGCUCAGUCUGCUCCUGUCCAUUCCUGUUCUUCCGGGUCGGCCGGCCCCCAUAGCAGUGACGAUUGUCCUCAUCAACAUACUGCCCAAUCAUCGCCAGCACAAGAACAGUAUGCUGCGAAUAAUGGAGGCUAUUAAGAUGUUUAUUUUGAGAUCCCGACAUUUAAGUUUGUAGCGUCCCUGUUUUUUAUCUUUGUACUUUUCUAUACGAUUACCAUAAUAAAUUUAUACCUUUAACAUU